AUGCGCCAAACUUUGAAUACCGUCCUCUACGCCUUUCUGGGCAGGGCAUUGGGUCAGUUUGUAAAAGCACCGACGGAUCUGAAAACAGUGAACAGCACAAGCGGUAUACCUGUCCGGUUCAAAGAGGUGCCAAACGGGAUCUGCGAAACCAAUGCCAAUGUCAAAAGCUUCGCCGGUUAUGUUGACAUCAGUGAGACUCAACACAUGUACUUCUGGAUGUUCGAAGCCAGGAAUGGAAAUCCUACUGCCGCACCGUUGACAGUGAGGCUGGACGGAGGACCGGGGGCCUCCUCCAUGAACGGCCUGUUUAGUGAGAUGGGGCCAUGUACUAUCGACUCCACUGGGCAGGUGGUCAAUAAUCCACUAUCAUUCACGCAGAACAGCAACGUUGUGUUCAUAGACCAGCCGGCGACAGUGGGCUUCUCCUUCACGACUCUCACCAAAGCCUCGCAAUCACCGGACACGUUCGUGAUCACGCCAACUGACAACUGCACCACCGCAGACCCUGGAUGUGGAACUUUCUCGUCGCCAGAUCUUACAUUGACAUCAAACUCGACCGUAGACGCUGCCGCUGUCUUCUACAAAACGAUGCAGGGCUUCAUGGGCGCCUUUCCGCAGUACAGCGCCAAUGGGGUGCACCUGAAUGGGCAGUCAUAUGGUGGACAUUACGUGCCUAUUUUUGCCGACCAUGUCAUUCAGCAGAACAAGCAGAACAAUACCGGCGCCAUCCAGAUCCCUAUCAAGUCUGUGACGAUUGAGGAUGGCUUCUUCGAUACCCGUGUGCAGUUUGCAGCAUAUUUCAAUUACACGGUUAAUCCAGGAAACCCGUACGAUCUGGCUCCAUUCAAUCAAACUGCUGAGACCCAACUCUUUAACAACGUUUGGGGCCCAAAUGGGUGUCAGGAACAACAAGCAGCUUGCAACGCUAACCCACCACCGGCGAAUAUAAACGAAGUUUGCUCGGCGGCCGAUGACUUUUGUGUCACGAAUGUGGAACAGUUCUUCGACGUUAAUGCCCUUCGUUCGGAAGACGACAUCAGGCAACUCCUUCCAAGCCCCUUUCCGCCUGCUUUCUACGUGUCGUACCUCAACCAGGCGGAGGUCCAGGCCGCCAUUGGGGCUUCCUCGAACUUCACCCCAGCAUCCGUCCAAGUAGGCACCGCAUUCGCAGGCACAGGUGACGACUCCCGCACAGGGAAGCUCAUCACAGACGCCACCUCGCGACUGUUGUGUGAGGGAGUCACAGUGGCUUUUUUCACAGGCGACGCCGACUACGACAGCAACAUGAUCGGCGCCCAGAUCGUGGCCAACAACGUCGCGGCCCAGACCCCAGAACUGGCGGCGACGUGGGCCAAGGCCGGGUUCGUCAACAUGUCGCAGCUGCUCAACGGGCAGGUUCCCGGCCAGACGAAGCAGGUGGACAACUUCAGCUUCACGCGGGUGUUCUUCGCGGGCCACUUCUCAGCGUUCAACUCACCCGAUGCGGCGCUCCUGAUCCAGCAGCGCGCUACGGCGGGGAUGGACAUCGCUACUGGCACGGAGCUGAUGGCUAAAGGAGGGAAUAAGGCCACAGCGGGCACGCCGACGAGUGAGUUCAAGGAAGGGCCUGACACGGUCCUCAACACUGUCACGCCGCAAGGAGCCAUCUAUAAUACUACGACGCAUGUGCCUGAUGUACCUCUUGGAGUCCAGGCCGCGGGCAAGGCUGUUGCUAACGCAGAUGUUGGUGCCUCUGCGGUGCUUCAUCCGUUCGCUGGCAUGACGAGUAGGAAGAUGAACAGGGUUCUGGCUGCGCAACGACAGCAGAAGAGGAAGCGAGACUUGGAACAGAUUGCUAGACAGCCCUUCUAG